UCCGAUAAAACCGUGAUGUACUUACCCGUUUUAUUGUCUCCCCUCAAGCCUGUGCCGACAGCACUGGCUCAGGUGGAUAGAGAGAAGAUCUAUCAGUGGAUUAAUGAGCUGUCCAGCCCUGAGACCCGUGAGAAUGCCUUGCUGGAGCUGAGUAAGAAGCGUGAAUCAGUCCCUGACCUGGCCCCAAUGCUAUGGCACUCAUUUGGCACAAUCGCAGCUCUUCUGCAGGAAAUUGUAAAUAUUUAUCCAUCAAUCAACCCGCCAACCCUGACAGCCCAUCAAUCUAACCGAGUCUGCAAUGCUCUGGCACUCCUGCAGUGCGUUGCGUCGCAUCCGGAAACCAGGUCAGCCUUCCUUGCAGCUCACAUCCCUCUCUUCUUGUAUCCCUUCUUGCACACAGUUAGCAAGACUCGUCCAUUUGAAUACCUGCGGCUUACCAGCCUUGGAGUGAUUGGGGCCCUGGUGAAGACGGAUGAGCAAGAAGUGAUAAACUUUUUGUUGACAACAGAAAUUAUCCCCCUCUGCUUGCGCAUCAUGGAGUCUGGCAGCGAACUUUCCAAGACGGUUGCUACGUUUAUUCUACAGAAGAUCCUCCUAGAUGAUACAGGAUUGGCGUAUAUCUGCCAGACUUAUGAGCGGUUUUCUCAUGUCGCCAUGAUAUUGGGUAAGAUGGUCCUACAGCUCUCCAAGGAGCCGUCAGCAAGGCUGUUGAAACACGUGGUCCGCUGCUACCUUCGCCUUUCCGAUAACCCAAGAUGUAGGGCACGAGAGGCUCUCAGACAGUGCCUUCCUGACCAGCUGAAGGACACCACCUUCGCCCAGGUGCUGAAGGACGACACCACCACCAAGCGCUGGCUGGCACAGCUCGUCAAGAACCUGCAGGAGGGUCAGGUCACCGACCCCAGGGGCAUCCCCCUGCCCCCGCAAUGACACCCGCGGAGGGCGGGGCACCAGGGAGGAAACAGCUCAGGUUUACAGAGAACCAGGAACCGAUGACCUCUUCCAGAACCGCCUGGGUGCACAGGCCAGCCUCCGGCCUGCCCGCCUCCCAGCCAGCAGGACCGUUCCCCCAGCCGCGGGGGGAUUGUGACACCAGCACAUACUGUUACUGCAGCUUAAAAGCCAAGCACCGCCUCUUCCCAGCUCGGCUGGCGUCUGCCUGGGGCCGUGCUGGACGUGGACUCUUCCCCGUAGCGCAGUCUCCGUGCCGGUGGCGCGUGGCCUCGCAUUCCUUGUCACUUUCACCGUUUACAAGUCUGUUAGACAAGCGAGCUCAAUAAAAGUUGACCCAGUUGUUUUAUCCCCUCCACAGAGCGCGAACCGGCUGCGUCUCGCCCAGGGGGCGGCUCUCUCCCCGUCUGACAUGAAGCAGCUUCUUUCUGGCUGCCGCAGCUGCCUGCCCGGGCUUUGGUUUCCGUUUGCCAUGGGCGAUGGCUGGAGCCAGGCCCAUCUGCGCUCCGCUGGCUGGGGGAGCGAGGGAAGGCUUUGAUCCUGGGUUCUGGCCCGUCCCUGGGGGUGGAGGUGACAGCAGGGUCGCGUUCCUGGGCUGUAAAUUGUGCAUUGCAGCCGCUGUGACUGCCGUGCUCAAAGCCCCGUGAACUGGCUCUCCGGCGUCCCCUGGACUGAAGUACAGCACCUCCUCCUAGUGCUGCCCUCUGCCCGCAGGACGGAGCUGGGUUCGGACGCCCGCGCUGCUGGCCGGGCUGAAGGGCAGCAGCUCGUGAAUGUGUUAGCUCGGCCGCUUUGCUGUCCAGAGCCCGUUGGAGGAGAUCCUGCCUCUGGGCAGCAGGGGACGUGGCAGGAGCCAGUUCAGGCAGGUGCCAAGGGCUCCGGGGACGUCAGCUUUUCUGGGGUGCCAGGCCUCGAGGCUGCCUCCAUACACAAGGGCUCUGGCUCUUCUGUCCGUCCCCCAUCCACCCCUUCUCCCCUGGCCCAGUGUUGGCGUCUGCCUCAGCCCACAGCAAUGAAGGCGCUCGCCUGCCUGCGUGGAGAGGGACAGGCUAGCUUUUCCAGCUGAUCCGAGCGGGGAGGCAGGUUGGCUGUAACUUGUCCAGCAAGGCUAGAAGCCGGGGCCCCCUGGUGACUGCCACGCCCUCGCCCUGCAGUGAAAGCUGGGCUUGGCUGUGGCACCGAGCAGGCAAAUCUUCCUAGGGGAGAAGCUUUGUCCCUUUUUGCUGAUCGUCGGCCAUGUUGUUGUGCCAACAGUGUCUUAACCUCCUCCAGGCCUCU